AUGGGCAUGCAUUUAAAAUUCUCCUACACCAGAUUUGCACAAUUAAAAGAGAUUAUAUCCCUCAGGCCUGAAGAAGUUGUCGAUAGAAGCGGAGCAACAGAUGGUCUUAUGUUUCAUAACAAUCAACUCUACUUCAUAGACAGUUGGACAGGUGAAGUCUGUUCCUAUCACGUAGACAAUGGACAUCUAUUUUGCGCGACUACAGGACUCGGUCACAUAACUUUUGUUGUUCCUAUUCAAGACGAGCCGCAAAAAUACUUGAUAUCUUAUCAUCUCAAUAAUAAGAAGGUCAUUGGAGUACUCAACUGGAAUUCUUACGAGACUAAUCGAGCUGCUCGAGUGAACAUAUAUGGGAACAUCUACGGAAAUAUCCGAGAAAACACAAUUGCUGGUGGAACGGUGGACCCACAUGGUGUACUAUGGUUUUGGACGAUGGAAACUAAUGUCAAUCCCAACUUUGGAAAUUUGUAUUCUUUCAAUCCAAAUUUGCUUCCUGAACUAGUUAAAAAAUAUGACCUUCCUCAUAAUAGUAUGAGCAAUGGAAUAGUGUGGCACCUGAACAAUCCAACCAUAUUCUAUUACAUCGAUGUUGGGUAUCAGAGAAUCCUAUCUUUCACUUAUAAUAAGGCACUUGGAACAAUUUAUCGUAGUGAAUGGUUUUUACCAUAA